GUGUGUGUGUGAGAGUGUGGGUUUAUGUCCACAUGAACCCAACUGAGUGUGUCUCACUCUGUCAAUUUCUGUGUCUCAGCUGACUGCGUGAACAGAUGCCUGCUGCCUUCCCGUUAAUGUGACUUUGAAGGUGCCACUGGUGCGCACAUGAACACACACACACACACACACAUAUAUAUACAGCCAUAUAGGGACACGCAUAUUUACACACACACAGACACAUACACCAGUUAGAAAAACAGAAAAGUUGGACUGACUUCCAGCUGAUGUGCAUACAUUUCCCAGCAUUCCAAACAUUCUGGGUGGUCCGUGUGUUUUCCAGCAUUACUCAUCUGUUGAUAGAAGCACUGCUGAAUUUAGUAUCUCUUGGGGGGGAUUUAAAGGAGCAUUUCGGCUCAAAGAUGUAGUCGCACCGCCAUAUAAAGCAGCCAAGUUGAUUCAUUUUGAUAGAAUCGGCAAUUAGAGAACAAAAAAAAUCAACUUUGGUGAACUUUACAAAAUGAGCUAAUACGCUAUUGUAGCUUAUUAGCUGGGUUGCAUUAUCCAUUUUUACAUAACGACAUGAGUCGAUUUCUUUUGAAUAACCAGUGGGAACCUAUUUGUCCUGUUAUCCACCAAGCUAACUGACAGUUAGCUAAUAUCUACAAACAGUUCCUGCAUUCAUCUGUUUGGCAUUGGAAGCGUCCUGGUUUUUCAUUUGUGGUUUGUGUCGUGUUAAACGUUCGAGCAGGCUUUGGUUGACUGAGUCUGCGUGGAGCAGCAAAAGAGGCGGAACGCAUCGGGCAAAAUGCAAUCUGGGAACUCACAGCAGAGGAGAUACUGUAGCUACGUUAUGCCUAACUUUAACCAUUAAUGUAAUUUAAACUGUUGUCAUGAACGGGAAUAUUGGCACCAAAACCACUUUUUUGUACCAGGCUGUAAAGAUUUGUAUUUCUGCUUUAAAGUUGUGCAUUUUAACAUGGAGGUCUAUGGGGAUUGACUCGCUUUUGGAACCUGCCUCAAGUGGUCAUUCUGUGGAACUGCAGUUUUUCCGGCACAACCGGAGGUUCCCACUUGGUUAGCAUGUAAGCGGUUAGCUCGCGAGUAGUCACGACCUCACCAAGCCUCCAGAAUCCACUUGCAUGAGCCAAACGUCUCUUAGGAAGUCUUUCUGUGGCCAUCUUGUCUUGUGUAGUCCACGUAAACAGUCAAAAGAAAACAGAAAAAAUAUUUUGUUUUCAUCCUUUUAUUCCAGAAGUUAAUUUACACAUUCAUUUUCACUAGAUACUGCAGCAAGCAGUUGAUCUUUUAACAGCAGGUUUAUAAAAACUUAUGAUGUAUGAUAAACAACUAAAGUUUUCACAGAGGGAAUGCUUCACUAAUUCCUUAAAGUCUUGUAAUCUCUUUUCAUUUGUUGCCCCCUCUUGCCAAAUGUACAGAGAGUUGAGCUAACUUCAUCACAAUCACAUCACAUCGCCAUUUAAACUCAAAUUACCAUAAACAGCUUUUGUCAGAUCAAAUCAUCUGUGGCCAGACGGCAGGUUGAUUCAAGGAAAUGCAUUUAAACAGCAAAGAAAAAAAGAUAUUGAAACUCAUAACUAUGUUCCAACAGCUACUGUAGCGGCGUUUCUGACAGUUAAUCGGUUUUGUCUACACACAGUAAGACAUCUCUCUUUACUUCCUCACUCUCUCACUCUGCAGUGAACCGGUCGGCCUUCUUCUUCCUCUGCGUGCAGUUGUGUGUUCGUCCAUCUGUCUAGUCUGAAAGUGGUCAUGGAGGACGUGGAGGGAUGUGAAACUCUCUCUCUGUCACAGGUUGUUCAUGGGAAACUGGUACACGGCUGGUGGUCGUGGGAAGAGGACUUUAAAAGCAAGACAGAUGUCGAGCGCCUCGAGUUCGAAGACGGUCCGAACAACGCUCAUGUGAAUGCAACAAAACGCUGAGACAGCUCUUCCAAGGGGGCCUUUUUCCACAUAAAGACACAGUCAGCAUUCGACCAGGGCAGAUGGAUGAUGCUGAUCUCUCGCUCCGGAGGUGUGGAGUGACAGAUGACAGACGGAUUGAUACGCCGGGAGAGGCAGAGAAAGGGAGAGGUAACGUCGGAAAGGGUCGCCGCCGCCGGUAAUGGAAAACAGCUGCAAAGGUCAGGCCCAUCGAUCGGGAGGCGAGAAGAAAUCAACCUGAUCAUCAAGUCUGACCUGAAAGAAGAAACUCGCAACACCUUGGACAUAAUCGACCACAGCAGAAAGAUUUACAGCUGAAUGCAUCAAAACUGAUUGAGACUCAUCUGCAGACUAACCAGUAGAGAUCUGGCUGCUGGAGCAGACAGCAGCUAUGGAUGUGUGUAAACCAAUUUUCAGAUCCAAAUUAGAAACCCUCAAACUCUCAGUUCCAUCAAGAGGUGGAUGUGACUGAUCCACCACAAAGCAACGCAGGACAAUUUGGCUCGGCGAACACCUUGAGAACUCCUUGCCAAUGAUUUAUUGGCAGGAAAUGGGAGAUUCAAAGCUCAGGGAACAAUUUGAGGCUGUUUGCAGCUAGCAAGACUUCACUGGAAUACAAUACAAACUAAAAAAAACACUCUUGUAGCUGGGAUCUUCCAAUCCCCUCUCCCCUUUUCCUGUAACUCCCCAUCCCCAAAGUUGCUUUGUCCCUGAUUUUACCCCAUCCCCCAGAUCCUUCCUAAUGGUGUAAUGCUAUUGAGAAUUCAUUUUGGAAGACCCACUUCAAAACUCUUCAAAUAACGUUUAAUCAAUGCAGACCGCGUGUCUCUCUCCAUCUUCUUCUUCCCUCUGCUGGUGAGGAAGCUGAGUACAAACCAGGGGAGGCCUUCCCCUUAUAAACUUCCUAUCGGUUCUCUCUUUUGGGAUGGGCGGCCCAGAAAGGGCUCUUCUUGGCGGGUUCAGCACCACCACUUCUUCCCUGGAGGUUGGUGGUCGGAUGGCUUGGCCAAGCAUAAACCCCCUGGACCUCAACCAAACCCUGCCAUGGGGGAUAGGGUUUGGAGGCAGCGGCGGAGGUGCGGCAGCCAUGAGCGCAGGCGUGGACAAUUUCACCCAGGAGUCUGUCACCGCCCUGGUGAUGAACGAUAAAAACUGGCCGGCGCUGCUCAUACUGGUCAUCAUCGCGCUGACGAUCGGUGGCAACAUCCUGGUGAUCCUGGCAGUGUCGCUGGAGAAGAAGCUCCAAAACGCCACCAACUUCUUCCUGAGGUCGCUGGCCGUGGCGGACAUGCUCGUAGGCAUCCUGGUCAUGCCGGUCUCCCUCAUCAACAUCCUCUAUGACUACACCUGGCCUCUCCCCAGCGCCCUGUGUCCGAUCUGGAUCUACCUGGACGUGCUGUUCUCCACCGCCUCCAUCAUGCACCUGUGCGCCAUCUCCCUGGACCGGUACGUCGCCAUCCGCAACCCCAUCGAGCACAGCCGCUUCAACUCCAGAACCAAAGCCAUGAUGAAGAUCGCCGCCGUGUGGACCAUAUCUAUAGGCGUGUCGAUGCCGAUCCCCGUGAUCGGCCUCCACAACGAGGACAAGGUCUUCGUCAACGGCAGCUGUGUCCUCAACGAGGAGCGCUUCAUGCUGAUCGGCUCGUUCGUGGCCUUCUUCAUCCCGCUGGUCAUCAUGGUGGUGACGUACGGCCUCACCAUACAGGUGCUCCAGAGGCAGGCCACUGUCUUCCUGUGCGAGGCAAAGAGUUCGUCCCAGCAGCCUUUGCACACACCAGCAAUGACGAAUACAUUGCAGAUUCCACCCGGCACCUUCCAGAUUCCUCAGAUCACCACACUUGCUCCUUCAGAUUCACAAGAGCUGAAGCCGCCGCCUCCUCAGAGCAGACGAAACACCUUGAGCUGCCUGAAAGGAGCAGAGUCCAGCAUACUGCGCAGCAUCUCCUCGCCAGACAGCCUAAGCAUCAUCCCCAGCUCGGAGGUCGUGUCUCAGCUCAGCUCGCCAGCCGCAGGGCAGGGGCGGAGCGACUCGUCGGGGUGCCACGGGCGGCGGGGCAUGAUGCAGGCCAUAAAGAACGAGCGGCGGGCCUCCAAGGUCCUGGGAAUCGUCUUCUUCCUCUUCCUCAUCAUGUGGUGCCCCUUCUUCAUCACCAACGUCACCUUCGUCCUGUGCCGGGGCUCCUGCAACGAGUCGCUGCUCAACGACCUCCUCAACGUGUUCGUGUGGGUGGGCUACAUCUCCUCGGGGGUCAACCCUCUGGUCUACACCCUCUUCAAUAAGACCUACAGGAGGGCCUUCUCCAGCUACAUCAGGUGCCGCUACAAAGUCGGCGCCAACGCCGCCGGACAGAGUUGCAAAACCCUCCUGGUGCCGCCGUCGUGCUCGUCGCACGCCGUGACCCCUCUCCUGCUGGGCGGUCACGGGAAAGCGGGCGUGGACCGCAACAGCAACUGUCGCAACGGCGGGAGGGGGGACAACGGGAGGCUGGCGGUGGACCUGGACGACGUUACGGACGACGAGACGCAAAUCGGAAUAGUGUCGCAGAGCCUCUCCGAUUGCCACAACGCCGGCGCGCUCUCGGAGACGGAGCUGGAGGCGGAGCAGGAGCUGUCGCUCAUCAGCUACAGCCCCGCCUCCAGAGAACACACCAGCAGCGUGUGAUCGCAGGCUUUCUUUUGUUGUUGUUGUUGUUUGACGGUUCCCUUUUUUUGUUUGUAGCCUGCAGACGCCGGGCCGAGCAACAUUAUUGUUUUAAUCGACAAGCUGGGAUUCUGGAUGCUGGGUACUUUUAUUGUGAAAGGACUCGUUUGGGUCAAGCAGCCUUAUCCCCAAACUGAAGUGUGCAGAGAAAUCAGAUUAGAAGGUAACCUCUGAGGUGAAAAGGAUUUGGCAUGAAGGCCAACGUUUCAGACGGGUUUUGUUUUCUAUUCGGCGUCGGAAUGUUGGUUUUCGGGUGAAAGCAUCCGUUAAAAUGUGGUGUACUUCACGGGGGCGACGGUACCAGCUGAGGCUAAGACAAAAGCAGGACGAGAAGAGCUUCUGCUCUUUGUCAACCGGGCAUGAAGUCCAGCGGCCCCUCGACGGAGUCCCACUGACCUGAGGUCACAGAGUCGAGGUCAACGGGUCAAACUGCGACUUCGAGCCUUUUUCGCAAAAGAGUCCAAAUCUAGUCCGAGCUCCGGGUUUCAUGUGGAUUCUCUCCGCACCGAACCAAAAACUAAAACCAAAUCUAUUUUUGUGCCAGGUCAAGCUUGACAGCAGCAGUCAUAGAACAGUCAUAGAAUAUACGAAUGAACCUUUCCAGCAUGUACAAUCAAACUGUUCAGCUGACAGAAGUGUGGAAACUUUUCUCAAGGCUGCAGUUGAAGUUUGUCUGCGAGCACCACGAUGAAGGAAUGUACACCGGUCUCCGGUGGACUCACAGUGCCAUCUGGUGGUCGUCACCUCCCUUUGAACAAGGGGAUAAAAAGAGCUAAAAAGAAAACAUGGCGCAGGCCUCCGGUCCAACCCAGCUGUCAGGCUCUUGCUUCUGAUGACCAAUACAACCCCUUUGUAAAGAAUCGAAAGUGCCAACUUCUCGAGGUUUCGACUGACAAUAAUGAAGAACAUAUAACGGAGCAAUCUAAACAAAAACAAGUGAAAAAAGGUUUUAAUUUAAAGGUGCACAAAGCUUCCUCAGAUGUCAUUCUAUAAAAAGAACAAGAUAUAAAGAUUUCAUGACAUCAGCCUCGGCUCACCGUCAUUACUGUCAUCAAUUCAGUCAAACAAUAAUAUAUGAAACUCACUUUCCAAGAUCUUCCUCAGCUGUGAUCAAAUCACACUCGCCUUUAUUGUUUCCAGAAUCACAUGAAUUCCCAAUAUCCCCGUGUUUCCCAAUAUCUAACGAUACACGUUGGGCGUUGUCCUACACGUCGAGCCAACAGUCCGCCGCCUACUUAAUAUACAUAUCAUGUAAUCAGAGUAUUCACGUCAUCUGGGCCGUUUAAAUAAGCUCCGUCAGAGCCCUGGUGUUAUAUGUAUGCUGUGAUGAAGGGUUUUUAGGAUUAAAAGAUGGCCAAAAUCUCCAAGAAUUACAGUUUUGAUCGUCCAAACUCUCCGAUCUCCGACCCGAGUGUGACUCAAAACAGCUUCAGAUUUAAUCCGUUGCAUAAAACAGACAGAAAGUCAAUAAGAGACGGACCUCUGACUCUGGUCCUCGAACCUCCCUCCUCUCACAUCGUAUAUCGACAUCCGACGCGUGAUUCCUUCACUCUGCAUCUCCAUCAGCUGAAAACAUCUGCAGCGUACCGCCGUGGACGUUUACUCAAUAUAUAUUGCAAUAUAUUGUGUGGGGUUUUUAAAAAGGUGGCAAAUUUAGAUUUCUUAGCAACAAGAGAUAAUAUAGGAGAUAUAAAGCUGUAACUCGUAUGCGUACGGUGAUCGUAGGCUUAGUUCAAUAGAGCUGAAUGGUUGUGUUGUAAAGGAAGUCCGUUGAGAAAAGCAGCGUUUUAAGAGAUCACUUAAAGGGGCACUCCGUUUAUUUAUCCAACGUCUUCUGUGUCUCCGGAGGAGCUCUCCAAAGUUCUACAGAAAAAUAGCCCUGUUGAUGUUCUUCACUCUCACAAAUAAAGGUACUAACUAGAACCAUAUUGGGUUCUUCAGCUUGUCCUCAUAGGAGUUCCUGGUAAAA